CGAACCCACGAAUUCCUUCUCUCUCUCUCUCUCUCUCUCUCUCUCUUAUCAUUUACUCCCCACCCCCAGAACCUUCUAGAAACAACAAAACCUAUUCUCUUCUCUCCAUCAUCCCCUCUCUCUCCUCUGUGGAAGCUCAGUUUUGACGAUGUGCUUUUGGCUUUCCUUCUGAUUCGAUCAUGUUGUGAUGUUUCGGCCGGCCGUUUGGUUGGAGGCAAAAUUUCACCGAUUUCUUCCGUCAAACUUCCUCGAUUUCCAGUUAGGGUUUGGAUCUGAGAGCGAGGCCUGUCUAUGGCGCCAUUGCCGGUCGAGCAGACCGGCGAGUCUUGCCACGGCGGAGCUCUGGACUCGCAGAGAACUCUCCCGACGCCAUUCUUGACAAAAACUUAUCAACUCGUCGACGAUCCGGCCUUUGACGACCUGAUUUCGUGGAACGACGACGGAUCCACCUUCAUCGUCUGGCGACCAGCCGAGUUCGCCAGAGAUUUGCUUCCCAAAUAUUUCAAGCACAACAACUUCUCUAGCUUCGUUCGUCAACUCAACACCUACGGAUUUCGGAAGGUAGUUCCGGAUCGAUGGGAAUUCGCGAACGAUUGCUUUCGGAGAGGCGAGAAAGGACUCCUCCGCGACAUACAGCGGCGGAAAAUCUCUCCUUCGGCGGCUCCGACCGCCGCCGCAUCGGUGGCCGGCGCUGUGGCCCUGGCGGGGGGCCGGGGGGCGGGCGCCGUGGCGGCGGUUCCGGUAGCCGUGCGCGUUUCGCCGACGAACUCCGGAGAAGAGCAGGUGAUAUCGUCGAACUCGUCACCGGUGGCCACGGCGGCGACGACGGCGUUGCACCGAACGACGAGCUGCACGACGGCGCCAGAGCUGUUCGAGGAGAACGAACGGCUGAGGAAGGAGAACUCGCAGCUGAGCCAUGAGUUGUCUCAGCUCCGGGGACUCUGCAACAAUAUACUCACCUUGAUGACGAACUACGCCUCUUCUCAGCUCGAAGGCGGCGGCGGCGGCGGAGGAGGAGAAGCGCUAGAGGGGAAGCCUCUGGAGCUCAUGCCGGGAAAACAGUCGGCGGCGCCGGAGGUAGCCGCCGCGACGAUCGGCGGCUCUCCGCAGGAAGAUGAAGAUAUGACGCCGAGGCUAUUCGGCGUGUCGAUUGGCGUUAAGCGCGUGAGGAGAGAGGAGGAGGAUGAGGAGGAUCAGCAGAAUCAGGUGCAGACGCAUGCAGGGGAUCUCAGUCAGGACGUGAAAUCAGAGCCGCUGGAUGGGAACUCCGAGCCUGAUGAUCAGGAGCCUUCGUGGCUUGAGCUUGGGAAAUGAUUGAUCCUUUUUGUUGAUUUUUGUUGAUCAGUCGAUGAUGAUGACGAUAAAACAUACAAGGUCUUGCCAACUCGUAAAGGGAAUGAGCGGCACGUGCGCACGUUCAAGGCAACGGACGACGAGGCACGUGCUCGGUCUUGGUGAGCCCCAAAAAAAAACUACAAAUAGGCAACAAUGGCGAGCUGCUUCACAGUUGGAUGGGUUUGACCAAAUUGCAAAAUUUAUGAUUAGUGGGUGGUGGGGCUGCAAAAGCGGCGCUCGCUUGAUGGAAAAAAAAAAAAAAAAAAAAAAAAAAAAAAGAAAAGAAGAGGAAAUUGUAAAGCUCACACAAAGUUUGGGGCUUUUUCUCUGCUUUUGUAACAUCCAAAGUGAGAUUCUAAUUUAUUUAAGUUAGCGAAGUGAAGAGGAGAAAAAAAGAAAAGUGAGAUAAAUGAGAGUAAUAAUGUCGGUAGGAUGAUUGAAAGUUGAAACACGCCCAAGUGAGAUAAAUCUCUAGCCGGAGCGGGAUUCUGAAAAUGCUCUGAUUAAAAUUUUGUUCGUUA